CGACGAUGAAAGGAGCAAGUGAUGUCCUUCCCGCCAAUGUUGGAGGGUAGCACGUGCUUUCUUUUGCUGUCUGUCCCUUUCUCUGGGGAGAAAAAACACUUUAAACAUGUUUUACUGUGAGGAGCUCUUUUAAAUCGAGUCGUCUGAUCCUCGUAUGAUUUACUUCCCACUCUGCCCUCCCCUCCCUCCCUCUCCGUUAUAAGAAAGAUCUGAGGUCUCUGCGCGCUGAAUCUCCUGCAACCCUUGAUGCGAACAUGUGGGGUGAAGUUUCAUGUGAGUGGCGCUUCCCUCCGGCCGCAGGCCAUUUGUAUACAUCCCAAGCCCUGCUCAUCAGUCUGAGUGCGGAAUAUGUGGAGUCGGGUUUUAUCCUCUGUAAUCUCGGGCAAACAGGAAAUGCCUGAAGAUUUCCUCAUAGCUCCAACUCCGAGUGCCACAGAACUUUCGCGACUUGUCACUGGAGCAAGUUGCAUCCAAGCGGAUCAGACUGUUUUCUCUAUUGCUUUCUCUCUUCAGGACAAGAAAAAUAAACUUACAAGGUUUUGUUGAUAAUAACAAUCAGCCAUGUCGCGGAAGCUUCAAUGUCCGGUUCUGAUCCUGGUUGUCGGUAUUCUGCAGCAGGCCAAUUCAUUCAACAUUGAUAUGAAAAGCCCUAUGAUAUUUAAUGGUUCACAAGGAGAUAUGUUUGGAUAUACAGUUAAACAAUUUGAAAACGAAGAAGGAAAAUGGCUUCUAAUUGGUUCUCCUUGGGUAGGACAGCCCAAAUACAGAACUGGUGAUGUCUACAAAUGCCCAACAUUCAAGACCAACAAUCCAGAAUGUGUGAAACUUAACUUGGCUGAAUUCUUAACAGUCCCUAAUAUCACUGAAGUAAAGGAAAACAUGACACUCGGAAUAUCACUGACAACAAAUCCUAAUGGAGGCUUUCUGACAUGUGGACCACUUUAUUCUUACAAGUGUGGCGGCCUAUAUUAUACAGUCGGUGCCUGUUCGAACGUAAGCUCCACUUUUCAAGUUGUAAACACCAUAGCGCCUACAGUCAGAGCAUGCAAGUCACGACUUGACAUUGUGAUUGUACUUGAUGGUUCCAACAGCAUCUACCCUUGGUCCAGUGUUAACAAUUUCCUCACCAAAUUAUUGGAAAAAAUUGAAAUUGGACGUCAGCAAACUCAGGUUGCAAUUAUACAGUAUGGCUACAAAGUCACACAUGAAGUCAGUCUCAACGAAUACAAUACAACAGAAGAUCUCCUCAAAGUUGCUGAAGAUAUAAAACAACGCGGUGGAAAUGAGACAAAGACAGCUCUUGGAAUUGAGUAUGCCAGAACAAAGGAAUUCACAGUGGAGAAAGGCAUGCGCCCAGGAGUUUCAAAGGUGAUGAUUGUGGUAACAGAUGGUGAAUCACAUGAUAACUACAAUCUACCAAAUGUGAUUGAGAAUUGUGAAAAGGACAACAUUAGGAGGUUUGCUAUUGCUGUACUUGGCAGUUACAACAGAGGGAAUCAGAGCGCUGAAAGAUUUCUGAACGAAAUAGAGUCUAUUGCAAGCUCACCAAAAGAUAAACAUUUUUUCAAUGUAUCAGAUGAAAAAGCAUUGGUGACAAUAGCAGAGGCCCUUGGAGAACAAAUCUUUGCUUUGGAAGCAACAAGUGACAACCAGGCUGCCUCUUUUGAGAUGGAAAUGUCACAAGUGGGAUUCAGUGCACACAGUACGAAGGAUAGCAUUAUGCUGGGUGCUGUUGGAGCCUAUGACUGGAAUGGGACAGUCCUUUUGGUGAAGGAUAAUGAAACAAUCAUCCCUGAAAAUGAGACUUUUUUUGACAGAUCCAAAGAAAGUAAUGAACCACUUGCUGGGUAUUUUGGUUACUCUGUCAGCUCUGUCUCAGUUGUUGGAGAUGUGUGGUAUGUUGCUGGACAACCUCGCUAUAAUCAUACUGGACAAGUUGUAAUUUACAGUUCAAAGGGAACGAAGACGAGCAUCAUACAAUUCCUGAAAGGAGAACAGAUUGGUUCCUACUUUGGCAGCACUGUGUGUACGGUUGACAUCGAUAAAGAUUCUCUAACUGAUAUUCUUUUAGUUGGAGCUCCAAUGUACAUGGGAACCGCAAAAGAAGAGCAAGGAAGAGUUUACGUAUACAGUUUAAAAGAGAAUAUGUUUCAAUACCAAAUGAUUCUUGAGCCUUUAAAACAGCAUUGCAAUUGCAUUCAAGCCUUGGGUCUCCGUAGUGACAGAUUCAAUGAGGCUACAAGUGAGGACCAGAAGUGCACUCAGCCCAUCUGGCAGCCAUGCGGUUCUCGCUUUGGAACAGCCAUAAGUGCAAUUUCAGACCUAAACCUAGAUAACUACAAUGAUGUUGCAAUCGGAGCUCCUUUGGAAGAGAACCACCAGGGGGCGGUCUAUCUCUUCCACGGAUCUGGCACAACUAUUAACAAAAAGCAUUCACAGCGCAUUUCUGCAUCUUUACCGAAUGAAAGUUUCAAAUAUUUUGGCCAAUCGAUCGAUGGGCAGAUGGAUUUGAAUGAUGAUGGUCUAGUGGACCUUACUGUUGGAGCCAUAGGUGGUGCCGUCCUCUUCUGGUCCCGGAACAUAGCUCAAGUGACGAUUAAUGAACUGAAGUUCAGGCCCCACAAAAUCAAUGUCCAGAACAAGAACUGUGUAAUCAACGAAAAACAAACCAUGUGCAUCACUGCAGAUAUCUGCUUCAAUGUCAAGCUGAAGUCUAACAAACCCGAACCAGUUGUUCUUGAAUAUAAAGUCGGACUAGACUCCGCACGACGUGUCACCAGAGGACUCUUCAAAGAAACACAUGAGAGAAAUAUCCAAGGAAACAUCACCCUACCCUCCCAGAACUGCACUGAACACAUCUUCUACAUGUUGGAUGCUCCAGAUUUUCUAAAUCCUGUAGAGAUUCUGGUGGAGUUUGAGACCUUAAAUCCAGAGGAAGGACCAGUCCUGGAUGUUGACCUGCCAAAAUCAAAGAAAGCUUUGGUGCCUUUCACAAAAGAUUGUGGAGAGGAUGGAGAAUGCAUCAAUGACCUAAAGCUUCGUGCCCAGGCAGACAUAAAGGGUGACAGGAUGCAUCCUUACAUUGUGCAAAUCAAUCAGAAAAAAUUCAAUUUGGUGAUAAAAUUAAUAAACCAAAAGGAAAAUGCCUACAACUCAAGAAUAGCAGUGAUCUUUUCUAAGAAUAUCUAUUUUGCUGGAGUGGAGCAAAAUGAUGAUUGCACACCAUUGGGACCAAACAAUGUAACGUGCAAAGUUGGAUAUCCAUUUAUUACACCAGAUGCUGAGAUUUCCUUUAAGAUGAAAUUUGAAUUCAAUGCCACUCAUCUCCUUAGUGAUGUUUACAUACACCUGGAGGCGACAAGCGACAGCAGUGAAUUAAAUGAAACAAUGAGUGACAAUGAAGUUACCAUCUCCAUUCCAAUAUUAUAUCAAGCUGGGCUGCACUUUUCAAGCAAUUUAAAAGAUUAUAGUUUUAAAAUAGCAACCAAUGAUACAAUUCCUGAUGUUAUUAAAAGCAUCGAGGAGAUUGGUGAUGCAGUGGACAUCACUUACAUGAUCGAGAAUGAUAGAGAAUUUCCUAUUUCACAUCUUACAAUGAAUAUAGCAUUUCCAUUCUUAUCUCCAGCAAACAAUACUCUUUUAUAUUUGACAGGAAUGACAUUUUCUUCAAAUAAUGUAGGCAGGUGUAAUGACUCACAUUUCGUGGAUCCUCUGAAGAUAGACCCAGAAAAUCCACAGAAACCAGUCCCGGAAGAGGAAAAAUUCACAAAUACCAUUGGGAUUUGUGAAAAUAAUGCUGGAUGUGUCUCCAUCUCCUGCACUAUAUAUCCAUCAAGCUUUGUCCAGUUUAAUAUGUCAUUGAGAAUAUGGAAGCCUUCAUUUAUUAAAGCAGUUUUUAAAUCAAUCGGUUUAAUUGUAACAGCUACACUAACAAUUGAAGAUUCUCCACUUGUGGUUCUGAACAAAGCAAUGGAAAGGAGUGCUGUGAGGGCUGAGACGUUAACUGUAUCGAAAGAUGAAGUCCAUGGAGGGGUAAUCUUGGUCAUUGUACUCAGCAUUCUUGCUGGCCUGCUGCUCCUAGCUCUUGUAAUAUUGGCACUGUGGAAGGCUGGAUUUUUCCGAAGGCCUUUAAAAGAAAAAAUGUGAAAGGUGACAAGAGGUUCUGAGCAGAACAAUAGAAGGCAAAGGUUUUGUAGGUAGCCACCUUUCAGAACGAGUUGUAAAAUGAUGUUCGUAGUGAAAAUAAUUUACAAAUCCACUCUUGUCCUCUUAACCAGAACAUCAUUUGUUAAUAUCAUGUAUAUAUUUUAACUUUUGUAUUGUAUAUUAUUGAAAAAAUACAUCCUUGCACAAUGAAAUGUACCAUUCGAAUUAAUGAUUUUAAAUACGAGAGGUUUCGCUCUUCUCCUCUGACCUAGAUAGUUUAAAUAUACCUGAUUUUCAGAAAAUGAACCGAACAUAAUGUGUAUGUUGCCUGGUGCAUGUGUAUAUUUGUUGACUUUAUUAGAUUUAAAGACUCUAUUCAAUUUGAUUGAACUCGCAUUACGCUUGCAUAUGCCGAUAGAUGCUUUUGAAUUAUAGAUUUAAAACUAUUUUCACAUUAUGUGGAAUAUUUUGUGGCAAACUUUAAAAUAUCUUUUAUAAUAUAUCGUUAAUUGUAGCUGUAGAACAUGAUAUGUACAUAUUUAGAAUGUAUCAACUUGUUUCUCUCUAUUAGUAAGCGCACAUGUGCUUACAAGAAAGAUUCUCCAUAAUAAUAGCAAUGUAUAUUGAACCUUAAAGACAGAUGACAAGAAAGGCCAGGAAUGUUGAAACACUAAUGACAAAAUAAGGUGUCAUAGUGGAACAGAAACCAAUGAAGUGUGAGAAAACAGGCAUAAAGAGGGCAGUUUCUCCAACAAAAAUGAGAUGCCGUUUGUUCACAGUAAUCCACCAGAAGAUCUUAGCUUUGGCCCCUUGCAUACGUUACUAGCCAAUCUUUGCAAGCCUGUCAGUGCAAAAUGCAGGUGACAUGGCGUACUGUCAGCCAAGAUAGUUUUGACCUUUCUCGCUGUCCACUCCAGACUUGUACCGAGAAUUGUGGUUUGUCCAGAAUUUAUUUAAAAGGGAUUGAAGGGAACUCUCUUUUCUUUCAUGUCCCACUUCUGGCUCAGUUGUCCUCCACUGAACUUCCAGCCUGUUAACUGAAGACUGGAGUCAAGGGGUGAAACUCGCAGUCUAGAGGAAGGGAAAAGAAGAUAAAUGAUCAGGUGUGAUCCCAUCACACCAAAGGGAAACUCACAAGGCAGGGCAAUCAGUGAGUCAAGUAAAUGGAUUUCAGAACCAAAAUAUGUGCUAAAGAUUAAGGUAAAACAUGACUGGUAUGUCUAACUGAUAAAAGGGAUUCAUAAUGGAUGAGGAAUACACAACAUCAAAAAAAUUACCCUGGUGAAAUUAACUAUUUUGGAAUAGAAAAUCUUUACUUAGAACUUAAGACAGACUCUGUAAAUAAAACAGAUGCCUUUGAACCUUAUCUUCCACUAUUGAAAUACUGUACAUUUGAGGGUGAGCAUCAGAAUCAGCAACCUUUUUUUGUCAAUUAUUUUUACUAAUUAUGUGAUUCUUGAAGUAAGGAAUAUUUUUUUUU